AAGAGUACUGCGCGCGCCGCCGAGAUGGAACGUUGCUAGAGUUCGCGGGUCUCGUUGCUGGGGACCAGGCCGGCAGCGCGCCAAAGCGGAAUCCCGGAGUCCGCACCUCUGCAAUUAAUGCACGCUUUUAAAACCUACGAAUCUUUGGACGCCAUGCAGAGGAAACACCUCCAGGAGAUUCCCGAUCAGAGUAGCAACGUUUCCACCAGCUUCACGUGGGGAUGGGAUUCUAGCAAGACUUCUGAACUGCUCUCAGGCAUGGGGGUCUCCGCCCUCGAGAAGGAAGAGGUGGACAGUGAGAACAUCCCCCAGGAACUGCUUUCGAACCUGGGUCACCCGCAGAGUCCCCCGCGAAAACGACAGAAGAGCAAAGGGAAUGACAAAGAAUUUGUGAUAGUCCGCAGGCCCAAGCUAAAUCGAGAAAGCUUUCCAGGUGUUUCAUGGGAUGCCCUUCCAGAUGAGCUGCUCUUGGGGAUCUUUUCCUGUUUAUGCCUCCCUGAUCUCCUGAAAGUCUCUGGUGUGUGUAAGAGAUGGUAUAGCCUAGCGUUUGAUGAAUCUCUGUGGCAGACCUUAGACCUCACAGGUAAAAAUCUACACCCUGAUGUGAUUGGACGGUUGCUGUCUCGAGGGGUGAUUGCCUUCCGCUGCCCACGGUCAUUUAUGGACCAACCAUUAAUUGAGCAUUUCAGCACUUUUCGUGUACAGCACAUGGACUUGUCAAACUCUGUAAUAAAUGUGACCACUCUCCAUGGUAUUCUGUCUCAGUGCUUCAAGUUGCAGAAUCUAAGCCUGGAAGGUCUACAGCUUUCAGAUCCCAUUGUCAAUAAUCUCGCGCAGAACUCAAAUUUAGUACGACUAAACCUUUGUGGGUGUUCCGGAUUCACUGAAUCUGCCCUGAUGACUCUGCUAAGCAGCUGUUCCAGAUUGGAUGAGCUGAACCUCUCUUGGUGUUAUGACUUCACUGAAAAGCACGUACAAGUUGCUGUGGCCCAUGUUUCAGAGACCAUCACCCAGCUGAAUCUUAGCGGCUACCGAAAGAACCUACAGAGAUCAGAUGUCUCUACCUUAGUUAGAAGAUGCCGCAAUCUUGUCCACCUAGACUUAAGUGAUAGUGUCAUGCUAAAGAAUGACUGCUUUCAGGAAUUUCACCACCUCAACUAUCUCCAGCACCUGUCACUCAGUCGAUGCUAUGACAUCAUACCUGAAACUUUACUUGAACUUGGAGAAAUUCCCACACUGAAAACACUACAAGUUUUUGGAAUUGUGCCAGACAGUACCCUUCAACUGUUAAAGGAAGCCCUUCCUCAUCUACAGAUUAAUUGUUCUCAUUUCACUACCAUUGCCAGGCCAACUAUUGACAACAAAAAGAAUCAGGAGAUAUGGGGCAUCAAAUGUCGACUGACACUGCACAAGCCCAGUUGUUUAUGAAGUAUUUUUUGCAGGAUGGUGUCUUUUCUUUUAUGUGGAUCAGAGAAAAUAGGCAUGAAGCCCAAUUGCUGGAGCCCUUGACUCUUUUCCUUCUAGGUUUCCUUUUGCUUUCAUUCUGCGAGUGUAUGGGCAUUAGAGAACUAUUUGAGAGAGAAAACUAUGAAGUGUUGCUUGUUUUGGGAAUGACUAUAAAAGCUUUGACACUGCCAUUUCCUUAAGAACUUAAGUUGGAGGCCUUUUUUAUAGGAAACUGAGCCUGUAAUUUGAAGGUUCCUUUUACGAGCAAAAUUUGAAUCACCUCUUCCAAGUGUCCUUAUUGUUAAGUCUAUUUAGAACCAAGCUAUAAAUCUUGACUGAUAACAUUUCCAUAGCCUGUAUGCUAACUUAACUUUUUUCUAUUUAAUUUUUCAGUAUUGUUUUAUAAGACAUAGAUUGAAAGAACAAUAAGCUAUUUGUAUUAUGACCUGAACAGAGAGACUUGUAGCAUAGUUACAUUUGAGGCAAUUCUUCUUGGGAAACAAAAAGGAAAAUAUGCAUUUUCAGUUUGACUUUAGGUUUGAAAUUAGGUCCAUGGCAACUGAUAUGCCUGUGGAAUUCAUCUUUGACCUUAAAACAAACAAAGAAAAACCCCUGACAUGUAGAAUUGGUGCAGAAUUUGAAGACUCAAGAGGCAGUUUUCUCAAAUGACAGAUUAAUUUGUAGUAUCCUUUAAUUUGCAUAAGGUACUGUGUUCCCAGAAUUCUAAAUUAGUUGAGGAAAUAUAAUUGUGGUUUUCUCACUUUAUGAUCAAAUUAUGUUAACAUGGGUUCUUUAGCUUUUAAAAUGGCUUGCUUUGUUUUAAAAAAGUGUUAUUAACCAAUCAGUUCCUGUUUUUGAAAUGUUGGCUAGAACACUGAACUGAAGCAUUAGUUUAUUGAUGAGGUUCUUGAAGUUAUUUUUAUAUUAGUCUAGAAUCAAGUAUUUUAAAUUGCCUUUUUUUAUUGAUGUCCACAACAAGUGUUUGAAACUACCCAUUUUAUAAGGUUAUUGGACCUAAAGUUCCCUAAGACGAACUGCAGCUUCCUUUCAAUCAGAAAUACACACUAGAAGCAGGAUAUGGUCCAUGUAGUUACUGAGCAGCAAUCACUGCUUGCACCUAUAUAAAAGUUAAGACUCAGGUGUUGAACUUUUUGAUAGCAUCAGUGCUUUUAAAAAAAAAAAAAAACUGGUACAUAGCAGCAAAAAGAUUACAUUAUGCUUUAAAAAAAAAUAGUUUAUUUAAAUUGAUGACCUCCCAGUGUGUCCAAAAUGAAACAGUAAAACCAAGCCCAUCAUUUCUGUUAUAUUAACUGGUCUUUUUAUUUUAAUCAUAUUUUUCAAAUAUUGGAAACAAUGGUAUGAAGCGUCCUUGUCUGCUCAGAUCUAAGGAAAAACAUUUUGGAGUAGUAUUAUACAGGAAAUGAUUGUUUCAAUUUUUUAGUAGUUAAAAAGUGCUAAAUACUACUUGAAAUUAUUGUUUACAGAUUAGUGACAAAGGGCUGGUGAUAGGAUCCAGUUGGACUGUGGUUUCUGGAUGCCCUCAAAUAUAUAAUACUUCCAAACUCAAGUCCAGCCAUAAGCUAUUUUGCUAAGGUGUCGGAGUAAUCUGUAUUUUUGUAUGUGAUUUCUACUUUUAUAGAUUUGUAUUAAAAUAAAUCAUACUUUUAUAAAAAUGA